AUGAAAACCGCUUCAUCGAGUUCUGAAACCAUUAACGCAACUGAAUUCAAUAUACCACAAACUCCCUCAAUCGAUGGAUUACUCAAAAAUAUAGGAUUAGUUUUAGAUAACUUUGAUGAGUUUUCUAGAGAUGACAUCGAUGAUACCAAUAUUCAUGGUAGAACCAUUUUGGAGCAGGGUAACAAGUUCCUGUCGUUAACUCGAGAUUCAAUCGAUGACUGCAAGAAAAUGGAAACUUAUGCUACGGACUUUAUGGAAUACGUGCAAAUAUUAAUGGAGGAAGAUGUAUUGGUCACGGAUUUUAUUGAAACAAUGAAACUUCAGGCUCAAGCUGCUACAUAUAACAGAAUGAGAGCUGCUCGUUUAGUCAACGGAUAUUGCAAUAUCCUAAUAAAUUUGCAAGCUAUCGUAAAUGAAAUAGAAGAUUUUACCUGUCAGACAGGCAUCGAAAAGGAAUUAGAGAAUGAUGCUAGUCAGGCAAGGAAAGAGCAGAAGGCUCGUACCUUUGCCGCAGUGGGAACCGGGAUUACAACUGGAGCUGCAAUUAUUGCAGCGCCGUUUACUGGAGGGUUGUCACUUGCUAUUAUCGGCGCCUUGGGUAUUACGUCUGCGAGUGCAAUGAUAGGUACAUCGGUUACGAGCGUCCGGUAUGGAGAGCUGGCCAAAUUUUCUGAGAGUGAAUUAAGCCAAAUCAAUCAAAUCCGAACAAACAUCGGAAAUGUAAUUAAAGGAUUAAAGUUCGUAGUUCAUCGAUUUAAUGCACUUGAUGAAUUUUUUAAGAAAGAGGAGAUUGAUGUUAAUAAAGUUAUGGAGACGUACGGGACCGAAGAAAAUAAUGCUAGUCUUAGAAUAUCGAGGAUGAAGGGUACAGCGAUAAGAAAACAGUGGGCACGCGUCAAAGAAGUACUUGAAACAUAUUCGACUGAGGCAAAAUCAUUGAUGGACA